GCUGAAGUAUCAAAAAUGAAGGAAUCUAGUGGGGCUGUUCCUGGACUGGCUGUUAUUCUUGUCGGAGAGAGGAAGGAUUCUGCAACUUAUGUACGCAACAAGAUAAAAGCCUGUGAAUUAGUUGGGAUUAAGUCAUAUAAAGUUAAGUUAGCCGAAGACUCCUCGGAACAAGAAGUGCUUAAGCAUAUCUCAUGCUUCAAUGAUGAUCCUGCAGUUAACGGUAUCCUGGUUCAGUUGCCUCUACCUUCUCAUAUGAAUAUGCAAAAUAUCUUGAAUGCUGUCUCUAUUGAAAAAGAUGUUGAUGGAUUCAAUCCCCUGAAUAUCGGCCUCCUGGCUAUGAGAGAUAGAGAACCACUUUUUGUUUCGUGUACGCCCAAAGGAUGCAUAGAGUUAUUGCAUAGAUACGGUAUACCAAUCAAGGGAAAGAGGGUUGUUGUAAUCGGCAGGAGUAAUAUUGUUGGAAUGCCAACUGCCCUUCGUUUGCAAAGAGAAGAUGCAACUGUUACGGUCGUCCACACGAGGACAAAGAAUCCCGAGGAGAUCACUAGAGAAGCAGACAUUGUAAUCACCGCUGUGGGACAUCCAAACAUGGUCAGAGGUAGCUGGAUCAAGUCUGGCGCUGUUGUCAUCGACGUCGGAUUCAAUCAGGUUGAGGACACGAGUUGCAGCAGUGGAUAUCGGGUUGUUGGAGACGUAUGUUAUGAGGAGGCUAGCAAGAUUGCUUCGGCCAUCACUCCAGUUCCCGGAGGAGUUGGGCCCAUGACUAUAGCAAGCCUUCUCUCCAACACUCUCACGGCAGCUAAGCGAGCUUACAAUUUGGAAUGACAUUCUAGUUUUGGCGAAUAAGUAGCAAAAUUUUGGGUUCAAAUUUGAGAAUGAGA